UGCUGUGCGCCAGUUGGAGGCUUCCGACUGUCGCAGCGCUUGACAUUAACAUCGUCUUCAUGCUUCUUGUGGGAAAUAAAGCGCCAAUACACCACUCGGCGUAUCAGCUGGAGCGCGUCCUGGUCAGAUAUCCUCCUUCACAGUCGGGGAUUUACGGAUGGACAGAACACAAUCGGAAUUAACUUACCAUCCGGCGCGCGUAAAUUCUGGAUAUAAUGGGGAACACGACGCCUAAACCUCUAAUAGAUGCAAGUCUGCAGCCUCGCCCGGUGGCAAGCAGGCAGUACUACACCCUGAACAACGGGGCGGGUGUAGAGAGGAGGACGUCGGCGCCUCCAUUGAACAUCAAUGUGGAUUCACCUCGGUUUCACCCGCACAGCAAAGGUAAAAACAUCAGGCUUGACGGGCAGCUUCGCCGGGCUACGCGCAAGAACAGCUUCUGCAACGGCAUCACCUUCAGCCACAGGCCGGUGCAUCUCUACGAGAAGGUGCGAUUGCGGCUGACUGGCGUGCACACGGGAUGGAGUGGAGCUCUGCGCUUCGGGUUUACCAGCCUGGAUCCAAGCGAUCUGAUGGCGGCUGAAAUCCCUAAGUACGCUUGUCCGGAUCUAGUUACGAGGCCUGGCUACUGGGCCAAGGCCCUGCCUGAGAGACUUGCCUUGAAGGACAACGUGCUGUCCUUCUGGGCCGAUCGUCAUGGGAGAGUUUUCUACAGCAUCAACGACGGCGAGCCCAUCCUCUUCCACUGUGGGCUGAGCAUCGGCUGCCCGCUGUGGGCCAUCAUAGAUAUCUACGGCAUCACACAGGAGGUCACGCUGCUGGAAAGCACCUUUGCUGAGAGCGUGGGGUCGAACUGUCUGAGUGCCGCCCGCCUGAGUGCCUACCUGCCGCAGAGUAGCCACGACUCAGCCAAUUACAGCAACAACCAGCUGGAGAACAAUCAGGUGGCGGCUGCCAAGAUGGCCAACGUCAAGCUCAAUAACUAUCCUGGGCUCAUUCCCUGCUGCACGCCCACCUCCUCCUCUGCCACGCCGUCACCGUCUGUCUCAUCCACCGCUUUCACCGUCCCCAGAUUCCGCAACAUUCCAUCUCCUCUAGACAAUGACUUGCACUUUCAUCCAAUCCGAGGCUCCGAUGUGAUCCUGUCAGCUGACCGCUCGGUGGCCUGCAUCCACUGCCUGGACAGCAGUCGGACGUUGGUCUUCUGCGAUCGUCCACUCCACGUGGGAGAAACUUUGUACGUAGAAGUUGGCCAUCUGGGUUUCCCAUACUUCGGGGCGCUCUUGUUCGGCCUUACGUCAUGUGAUCCCGCCGGUCUGCAAGCUGAAGACUUGCCGGCCGACCCUGAAGUUCUACUGGACCGUAAAGAGUACUGGGUGGUGCACCGGGGCUUCCCAAUGCCGUUCUCCGGUGACGUGCUGAGCUUCAGCCUGCUGCCCAGUGGAGAGGUCCACCACGGGGUGAACGGCGUGGGACGUGGCAGACUGCUGUGUGUGGAUGCUUCCCAGGUCCUCUGGACCUUCUUCACGCUACAUGGAGCUAUAAACCGACUCAGGAUUAUAGGAACACAGCAGUCAAGUCCUCCACCUACAUCGCCCAGCACUUCACAGAGCAGCAGUCCAGAUGACAGUGACUCAGAUUUGGCCUUCAGCGUCAACAGAUCCUCCUCUGCGUCUGAAUCCUCUCUGGUGACCGCACCCAGCUCUCCACUCAGCCCUCCGGUCUCGCCCACCCUCUCCGCCUCAGAAGCUCCUCUGGCUGGUAAAAACGGGGAAUGCACCAUCUGCUUCGACCAGGAGGUGGACACGGUCAUCUACACCUGCGGUCACAUGUGUCUGUGCAACGACUGUGGACUGAAGCUGAAGAGACGCAUCAACUCCUGCUGCCCCAUAUGCAGGCGGCCAAUCAAAGAUGUGAUCAAAACAUAUCGGCCAUGAUUCCGCUGUGACUUCGGAAUCCUUCCUCUUCUCAGGCAGAUCUAACCCCGGACCUCAGAUCAGCCAUACAUAACGGUGCCUGCAAUAUCUGGUCUCAUCUCACAAGCAACUGUGACGAUGCUCAUCUGAAAACACACGUAAGCUUCCGUGUUUUUGGUAAAUUGUUACAGAACAGAUGAUGUGUCGCUGUUUUGUAUUUUUAAUAUGACAUCUCACACAGCAGGCCAUUUUCCGAGAAGCAGGAGCUGCUGCUAUCCCUAUACUUUGUCUUUUGUUGCAGAUCUAUCCGUGUGCUUCAACAGAAAAUACUGCGACAUACUGUGCCUUAUAGUGUCGUGUGUUACUCGUCUAACAGUUCUAGCCAUAUUUUACAAGAAAGACACAGAAACGGCACAGAGAUAUAUACGUUACUAUACGAGUUGAUAUGCACAUGUGGGAAAAGGGUGGCGAUGUGUUGGUGAUGAUGUAUUUUUAGAACGUGUGAAUGAGUAUUUGGUUUUGCACAAAAGAGGAUGAAUAAAGA